AGGUGACGCCCGUAUGCGCAUGUGAGCAAAGAGCAUCAGCAAUCCGGAGAUGUCUUGCAAACAGAGAAGAGACAAAAUAACUUCGUUUUUAUUAGCUGUAACCGUUUAUUUUUACACAUUUCAAGCGAGUCAUUCGGUAAGUUUAGAGGGUUUAACUUCUUACCAAGUCCAAGAGUCAACCGCUGCCAGGUGGGAGAGAAUUAAACAAGAUAACGACACCAAGCAGGGACCUCUGCACCUGGCUGAACAGGUGAUCCGGGGCUCAGAUCUGCGCACAUCCAACAAGCCGAGUCUCACCGAUCUUCGGCCUGAAUCUGCGCUCUUUCCCGGAGAGUCGCACCCAUAUUUCAAGACACUUGAUGAGCGCUUGUCCUGGACUGUUGGUAUGGUCGACACUAGAAAAAAGUCCUCGGCUCCAGGCUCUGAAGAUGGAUACCAGGCAGAUUUUUCAGGUUUUCAUGGAGUCGAGGGGAAAGUCAUGGGCCCCUCAUUUGACUCCAGUCCACAUUUUUCUGAGUGGCUGUCUUUGAAGCCUUUGGUGCAGUGUGAUCAUAGUGUCAUGAUCUUCACUGCAUCUGGAGACGGAUUCACCCACCUGUUAGUGGACAGAGAGGGAUCCUCUCCCAUCUCGCUGUCCCAGUUGCCUCCGUACUGUGGUUACUCCGUGACGACGUCGUGGAGUGACCUUGAGAUGAUGGUGCCUUACGAUGCGUGUUACAUCACACAGGAGAAUGGAAGUUAUGUGCUGCCCAUGUUGUGGUGGGGAAGCCCACUGAAGCUCUCCUGCCCGGUGCACAUCUCAACUCCUGCCCACACUUCCUCCCACCCUUCCUCCCAUCCUCCCCCCUCAGUCUUCUGCUCCCAGUACGGCAUGGCAGUGCAGUUACAGGGGCAGGAGCAGGAUUUACAUAUAAUGGGAGUCAUGGUGAGUGAAGGUUGGGCUCCAUUUGCAUCUGAAUCAUGUGCGUACCUUGUCCCCUCCCACCCUGGGGAGCUGGCCUUCUUCAUCUCCUACAGUGCUCCUUGUGUCACUAUUGGGGAUCGUUUUCAUCUCAAUCUUGUAUUAGAUGAUCGGGCAUACAUCCUCUCAUGUCCAGUAAAUCAGGUUCCAGACCUCCCCUCUCCUGUUGACCCUCAGUUUCCCUAUAUCCCAGAUCCUCAUCCUGCCCCCACCCCUCCUCCUCAACCUCCAACCCAGGAGCAGAUUGUUCAGCGUCCUGACUUCCCCAAAUACCUAUAUCCAGGAGUCCAGUAUCCCCAGCUUCCCCAGGUCUACCCUCCUGGCCCACAACAUGUCAGCCCCCCUCGACCCACUCCUGGCAGUCCUCCUGGGCUGCAGCCUCAGCAGCAUCAGCAACAACUGCAGCAUCAGCAACAACUGCAUCACCAGCAGCAACAGCAACAACAACUGCAGCAUCAGCAACAACUGCAUCAUCAGCAACAGCAGCAGCAGCAG